AUGGGUGUCGCCUCCGACAAGUGUGAGACCCGCCCGGCUCACAUCGAUGCCAUCCUCAACGGCCUUGACCGCUACAAUCCCGAGACCACCACCGUGUUCCAGGACUACGUCGCGCAGCAGUGCGAGGACCGGACAUUCGACUGCUACGCCAACCUGGCCCUGUUGAAGCUCUACCAAUUCAAUCCCCACCUGCUCCAACCCGACACAGUGACCAACAUCCUCUCCAAAGCCCUAACCGUGUUCCCCUCCCCGGCCUUCUCGCUCUGCCUCGCCCUCCUCCCACCAAGCACGCAGCCCUUCCCCUCAACCACCGAAGCCCAAGCCGCCUCGCAGACGUCCGACUUCGUGGAAUCCGUUCAGAAGCUCGCCCGCCUGUCCACCCUCCUCGAGUCCGCCCAGUACGCCCAGUUCUGGGCCACCCUCAACUCGGAUGACCUGUACGCGGACCUGACGGCCGACGUGGCCGGUUUCGAGGAGCUGGUCCGUAUUCGCAUUGCCGUCGAGGUUGGCAAGACCUUCCGGGAGAUCAAUGUCGAAAUCCUGGAGCAGUGGCUUGAUGUUCGCUCCCGAGAGGCGCUGCAGAAGUUCGUGGCGGAUGUUUGUGGGUGGAAGGUUGAUGGUGCUGUUGUCCAUGUGCCGACUAAUAAGGAAAAUGAGGCUCGCAGUGAGGUUAAGAGUGAGCGUGUUGGAGUUGAAAUGUUUGGGCGUGUUAUUCGCCGGGGGUUUGAGCAGCCGGCUUGA